UCUGUCGUUGUUACAGUCGAGUGAGUCAUGGAAAAAGCUGCUACUUCCGGUGCCGGCGAUAAUAAACCCCUAGCCAUCACGUUGUCUUGCCGCGAACAAUUGAAGAAUGUCCGAGAUUCUUCGGGAAUAUGUGAUGCUUUCAAAGUUAAAUACAAGGAGAAUCCGGAAUUUCUUGUCCACGCUCCUGGAAGAGUGAACAUCGUCGGUGAACAUAUUGACUACUGUGGAUAUGCUGUCUUCCCUAUGGCGUUGGAGCAAGGUAUUCUGAUAGCGGCAAGUAAAGGGAAAGAUGAUCUGAUACAUCUUGCGAACAUAGACGAAGCGAAGUAUUUGGAGUGCGCUCCAUUCGGUCUUUCGGAAAUUCGGUCGUGGACGCGGGGAGACGCGUCACCGAAAUGGCAGGAUUACGUCAAGUGUGGAUUUCGAGGAAUCAUGAAUCUAGAGCACGAAGGUGUGGCAACUUCGGGGUUUAAGAUCAUGGUCGGAGGGAAUUUACCUGCCGCUGCAGGCGUGUCGUCUUCUUCUGCUUUGGUGAUAGCCUCGGCAUUACUCGGCUGCGUUUCGUGGAACGUGCAAAUUUCACGAACAACCAUUGCUGAAGUUUGUGCGAAAACUGAGCGAUACGUAGGCACUGAAGGCGGUGGAAUGGACCAAGCUAUUUCAGUUUUGGCUGAAAAGGGAAAUGCGAUGCUGGUUGAAUUUAAUCCGUUGCGGUCGAUUGCGGUUCGGUUGCCGGGUGAUGCGAUAUUUGUGGUUUGUAAUUCUAUGGUGACAAUGGAGAAAGCUGCGACUGUGCAGUUUAAUACUCGCGUGGCGGAGUGUCGCCUUGCAUGUCAGAUUCUUGCCAAACGCGUCGGACUGGACUGGAAAACGGUCAAGGUUUUGAAAAACCUGCAGUCUCAGCUUGGAAAAUCGCUUGCUGAGAUGAUCCAAUUGGUGCAAUAUCAUCUGAAGGAAAGUCCUCACACUUUGGCUGAGAUUUGUGAUAUUUUGGGAACUACCCCGGAAGUGUUGAAAGCUGAGAGUCUCAACAAGCAGUGCGCAGGCGUCAAUGAGUUCAAAUUAUUUCAGAGGGCUACUCAUGUUUUCGAGGUCAGCGUUAACCCGAGUGAUGGUCGAGAGACGGAAACGAAAGCUGGCCGUGUCUUGGAAUUCCGAAGAAUUUGCGAAUGUGAGGAUUCUAGUGUCGAGACUCUUGUUACGCUUGGUACGUUGAUGAACGAGAGUCACGUUUCGUGCCGAGAUUUGUAUCAGUGCUCCCACGAAAAGCUGGAUAAGCUUCAGGAUGUGGCUUCGAAAAUUGCUUUCGGUGCGCGAUUAACCGGAGCAGGCUGGGGCGGAUGUUUGGUUGCACUCGUUCCUCGUGAGAAACUUGACGAAUUCCGUUCGACGUUGGAAACGGACUACUACGAGAAAUUGAAAGGUUUGAGGAAUGGCCGCUCGAUGGACGAGCUUGUUUUUACUACUGCACCGGCUGAAGGUGCUAUGGCAUAUCACAUUCAGGGACAAGGCGUUUGAUCGCCUUUUUAUUUAUUUAAAUAUUUGAAGCAGCUCUUCGACGCACAUCCUUGGAACGACGUGUGUUGUGAUACUGUAAUGAUAAUCUUUGUGAUGGGGGUGAAAACUGUGCUGUGACCUGUAAUUGAAUUUUAAGCACUGGUGCAAUAGAAUUUUAUCACUGAUUCUUAAGAGUGAUUUUGAAGUGUUGGACUUCGCGAUUUGGAUUGGGUUGAGAAGCCUCGUCUGAAUUGAUCAAUUAUUCAACUUUAAAAUAUGACCAGUGUUUUUCGAAUUUCGGGCAGCACGAAUUUUGAAGUGUUUAAGAAAAUAUAUUUUCUCAUUUCCAAUGUGACCCAUACUCGGCGUUUUUUUUCCUGCGUUAUACAGGAAGAUGAGUAUUCGACAUGUUUUCGUAAGUCGCACCAAUAAAGCGUGAGUGUCAAAAGAGCAGCACAUGUAUCGAUAGCCUAAUUCAACCAAAAAUCCCGAAAUUUCUUGUUUUCAUAGUUGCGCGUGUCGUUCUGGCCCCUCUAAUGCUUUCAUAUAUGUUUUGAUCUUUAGAUGAACUCUCAUUCGAUGUACACCAG